UAUACAAUUGUCUGAGAACCUUCCGUUUCAUAGUCAAACACCAGAACUUGCAGUGGUAGUUUGGGAUGCCACCUAAAGCUAGGACUAGAGGCGUCCUUCUCCAAUCCAUGAACUGUCAAUUGGUUUGCAGCAAUGAUGAGGUUGAAGCAAAUCAUUCAUGGUAGUUGUUCAGAUAAGCAGACUAGAGUUGGUGCUGAUUACAAACAUCUGGGCCCUUUGCUCAUCAUUAGCAGUGGGGGAAUCUUUCAUCAGUUGGAUCGCACUUGCAUUCUUCAGAAGUUAGUCAGGGUUUUGACAUGACAUGGAAAGAACGACUUUCUUUUUAGAAAAAGGUACAAUUUCUGUGUAUAAAAUUCAGGGAAUCUUUAAGCAAUUUCACACUUAACUGGCUAUUAGCUUAUUAUUAUUUUUGUUCAGGAAAUAUUUCUGAAAUCUGCAUGGUGAUAUUGAUGUGACUAAGUUUUCUAUGUUCUUCCAUGUAAGCACAUUCCAAAGUAAUGAAGUAUGAUGUCACCGAUGAAAGCAGCUGAGGGCUUCAGAUGCAGAAAUCAGAAUGUCACACUGUACAUGUUUAACCGGACAGUACAAUCAGAAUACUCUCAUCAGCUGCUGCUGCCACAGUUGCACCCAGCAAGGGGAGCAGAAACCAGGGGCAGAGAUAGGUAGCUACCUAGACUGACAAUGGGGGAGCAAGGCAGGUCAAGCAGCAACAAGAUCAGAGACAUUGUGAGGCUGCAACAGCUUCUCAAGAAGUGGAAGCGGCUUGCACUCUCACCAAAAGCCGGCAAGAGCAACGGCAGCCAUGGCGUUCCCAAGGGGUUUUUCGCGGUGUGCGUCGGCGAGGAGAUGAAGAGGUUUGUGAUCCCCACGGAAUACCUGGGCCACUGGGCAUUUGAGGAGCUCCUGAAGGAGGCAGAGGAGGAGUUCGGGUUCCGACAUGAAGGGGCUCUGAGGAUCCCCUGUGAUGUUGAGGUGUUUGAGGGCAUCCUGCGGCUGGUGGGCAGGAAGGAGGAGGCAGUUUGCUACUGUUCUUCAGAACCUGGGAUCUUGUGCAGAUGAUGAGUUUCUUUUUCAACAUUUCCUAUUUUUCCAUUCUUGGUUCUUGGCGUUCCAUGGAGAAGAGAUGAGGAAGAAUCCGCAAAUUGAUGGGAUUUGCAAAUUUAUACGGGAGGAUUAAACAAGGGUUUCACAUUCUUUUUGUGUAAAGAUUUUAAAAUGAAGGAUCUGCGCCAAGGAGAUUGGGUAAAAGUCUCCUUUUCAAGAAUUCUUUUUCCAUCAUGUUCUUUGUACUUUUAACUUUCCUUUUAAUUGUUCAGAAGUUAAACAAUGUUCUUGCACGCUAUUUUUGAGUGUAAUAUGUACUUGUGCCUCAAUGAAGUAAACACUACCACUGUAUUUCUAAUAUAUAUGAA